UAACUUGAUAAAGAUAAUCCACCUGAGUGAGUUUCUAGUCAGCAUUCCUUGACAGUCAGCAUAGUAUAUAAUGGAAAUAAUUCUGUUGAAAGUUAGUUUAUGGGAAGUAGUAUCAGCAAGAUGAAUACCCAGGUGAUCGCAGCAUUUUGUCUGUUUGUUCUUGUUUUUGGAGCAUCAUGCGAGUCUACGUCACUCGAACAAUCUAAUUCGUUACCCUUGACGUUCGUUUACGCUGUCUAUCCGUUUUAUAAUACCGAAACACUUCUUCAAGUUUGGAAAAAUGACGAGUCAGCCGAAGUUUACGCGAACGUAGUUACAGUGAAUCCUGGUGAGCAGGAAUUAACUGUUUUGAAUGCCGGUAGUACGAUCUCACGAAACGAAACUAUUGAUUCGAACGGGAACAGAAAUCCUCAAGUUUUGAAAAACGAUGCCGAAAAUGUAAAUGUUGAACGUUUAUCGCAAACUAGACAGCAGCUUCGUAAUUACAAAACUUGGCGCAGGAGUACAGAUUUUCAAAAUGAGUAAAAACAUCAAGAUCUGUAAGGUACUCGAUGGAGGAUGGAUUGGCAUUCGUAAAAUAAUUAUGCUGGUAUAUGUAUUUUGAAUAUGUAUAAAGUGCUUUGUAGUGGGAGUUAUUAAACGCAAUGAUAUUAAAGGUAAAA